AUGCCCUCCACUUACGAAUUACAAAGUCAAUUGAAAAAACUACCAAUUCCCGAUCUUCGGGAGACUUGUGAGAAUUAUCUUAAAGUCUUGAAACCACUUCAAACGGAAAUGGAACACCUGAAGACCGUGGAAGCAGUGACGAAGUUUCUAAGUGAUGGUCAAGGGUAUUAUCUUGAUCAAGAACUUCGUAAAUAUGCUCAGAAUAGAAACUCAUACAUUGAACAAUUUUGGUAUGACGCCUAUUUAACUUAUGAUUCUCCUGUGGUGUUGAAUUUGAACCCCUUUUUCCUUUUAGAAGAUGACCCAUUCCACAAUGAAUCCAUGUCUGUGAACCCUCAAAUCAAGAGAGCUUCCCUGUUGGUGAUGUCUUCAUUGAAGUUUAUUCAAGCCUUGAAGAACGAAACUUUGGCUCCAGAUAUGCAACGGAAUGGUACACCUUUGUGUAUGUUCCAAUAUCAAAAGUUAUUUGGUGCUUCAAGAAUUCCAACGGAUGAUGGUUGUAUUAUGCAAAGCGAUCCCAAUUCCAACCAUAUCGUUGUGUUAUCAAAAUCACAAUUCUAUUGGUUUGAUGUAUUGGACUCUCAAAAUGAAAUCAUUUUGACAGAACCAGAAUUAAUGGUUAAUUUGACGUCAAUUAUUCUGGAUUCUCUCAAGACUCCUCAUCAUCAAGUGGCUAAAUCUUCAUUUGGGGUUUUAACCACUGAAAACAGACGGAUUUGGUCCAAAAUAAGAAACUCUUCGACUAUUCAGAAUAAUGCAAAUAAUAGCGAAGUAUUGCUGCUUAUAGAUUCUUCGUUGUUUGUGCUUUGUUUGGACGAUAUUAAGUUAACAAACUUAUCUGAUUUGGCCAAAAAUAUGCUUUGUGGAUUAUCCAUAUUGGAUAAAGGUAUUCAAGUUGGUACUUGUACAAACAGAUGGUAUGAUAAAUUACAAAUCAUUGUGACCCAAAAUGGUAAGGCUGGGAUUAAUUUUGAACAUACAGGUGUUGAUGGUCAUACUGUGCUUAGAUUUGUUUCUGACAUUUAUACGGAUUCUAUUUUAUCAUUUGCCCAACUGAUUAAUUCAAAUGCUCCAUCAUUAUGGAAGAAGGCAAAUGAAGGAAGUAACAAUGGCAGCAGAUCUGGUUCAAACUCUUCUUAUAUUGAUGAGAACUUGGUUACGAUUCCAAGAAAGUUGGAAUGGGAUUUGACUCCAGAUUUAUCACUUGCUUUACGUUUUGGUGAAACCAGAUUGUCUGAUUUAAUUAACCAGAAUGAAUUUAGACAUUUGGAAUUCAAAAACUAUGGUUCUUCAACCAUAAAAAAGAUGAAAUUCUCCCCAGAUGCCUUCGUUCAAAUGGCAUUCCAAGCAAGUUAUUAUGCGUUGUAUGGUAAGGUUGAAUGUACUUAUGAACCAGCUAUGACCAAACAAUUCUUCCAUGGUCGUACUGAGGCCAUUAGAACAGUUUCACAAGACUCCAACUUGUUCGUUAGAAAGUUCUUUGAUGCUAGUGUUCCUAAUAAGGACAAGUUGGCAUAUUUGGACAAUGCUUGUAAGGCACACACUGAACAAACUAAACGAAGUUUACAAGGUAAGGGUGUUGAUCGUCAUUUGUAUGCCUUGUUUUGUAUUUGGAAACGUUAUGUUGAUCAAACUUUAGAGGGAGAAGAUCAUGUUGCCCCACAACCUCAUCCUACCCAUAAACUUGACAGUAAGGAUGGAAGUGACGAUGAUGAGCAUGAAGAAGAAGAAGAACAUGUUGUGCAAUCAUUCCACGGGUUGGACUUGCACACUGGACCUAACGGUGCUUCCCAGAAGAAGACGACUGAAGAAGAUUCAAAGACUAGUUCAAGUGAAGUUACUAUUGGUAAUGAUGCUACUACUACCAAGACUCAAGAUGAUAACAGUAACCAAUCGUUCAUCACUUUACCUGAAAUCUUUGCUGACGGUGGUUGGGAUAAGUUGAACACUACCAUUAUCUCCACUUCCAAUUGCGGUAACCCAUCACUUCGUCUAUUCGGGUUUGGACCAGUUUCUGCUAAUGGGUUUGGGAUUGGUUAUAUCAUUAAAGAUGAUCUGAUUCUGAUUUGUGUAUCUUCUAAGCACAGACAAACCCAAAGAUUCCUCACUACAUUGGAGUCUUAUAUGAAUGAGAUUUACCGGAUUUGGAAGGAUGUUAAUGCUUCACCAAAAACUCAAUCAACUACUGUUGCUCCUAUUGAUAUUCAAACGUCCAUUGCGCAGCCAAUUCCAAAGAGUGAUUUGUCCACUUUACUCGGUGGAUACGGGUACUUUGAUAUGGGAGAAAACGAUAUCAAAUCCAGAGGUCCAUCACCAGAACCUCCGUUCUUACAUAAAAGUCAAUCUGGGUUCAGUCUCAGGGAAAUCGGUAAGAAGUUACGGUUAUCAGAAUAUUGA